AUUUCAAGGACAAAUCGCUCUCUCUCUCUCUCGAGCACGCACAGUCUCUAUCUCUCUGCUCUUUGCAUCGCGGCCCUUAGAGCCCUCAACCAUCGCCUUGAAGGACAGCAAUCGACCUAGUUUUUUUUGGCGAUUUCUCAUCUGGGUCCGUUUGUUAUUGCAGGUAUAUCCGCUUACAACUUGCCAUAUUCUAGCACUCUAAUCAGUGCAGCUGGGAAUUUUGUGGCACAUAAAUAAGCUGAGUUGCUGGUUCCCUUUUGGUAGCCAACAUUUCUUGAGGACUUCAUUCCUUUUUUUCUUAUGGCUACGAAUGAAAAUCUCCCACCAAAUGUAAUUAAGCAACUUGCGAAGGAAUUGAAGAGUCUUGAUGAAUCCCCUCCUGAAGGCAUAAAAGUUGGUGUUAACGAUGAUGAUUUUUCAAUCAUAUAUGCUGAUAUUGAAGGGCCAGCUGGUACUCCUUACGAGAAUGGUGUUUUCCGCAUGAAGUUGGUAUUGUCUCGGGACUUUCCACACUCUCCUCCGAAAGGCUACUUCCUGACUAAGAUUUUCCAUCCAAACAUUGCGACUAACGGUGAGAUUUGUGUCAACACCUUGAAAAAAGAUUGGAAUCCAAGUCUUGGAUUGCGACAUGUUCUGAUUGUAGUCAGAUGUCUAUUGAUUGAACCAUUUCCAGAAUCAGCGUUGAAUGAACAGGCAGGCAAGAUGCUGCUUGAAAAUUAUGAGGAGUAUGCAAGACUUGCAAGGCUUUAUACUGGAAUCCAUGCAAAGCCGAAACCCAAGUUUAAAACGGGAGCUAUUUCAGAGUCGACAACUGCACUGAAUGUUGAACAAACUAACACUUCGACACUGAAUGCUGAUCAAAAGAACACAGCACCUGGUGCUGCCUUGCCAGUGAUUUCUGCAUCCCCAUCCCCACUGGUGCCUAUUACGGUCACCACUAGAGGAAACGGGCAGGAUCAGCCAGCCGUUGUAGCUCCAAUGGAGACUGGAGUAAGUGGGUCUGCUGCCGCUGCAUCAGCUGUAGCAACUACUACAGUGAGGAAAGAUGGCGGAUUGACAAAAGCACAGGCGGACAAGAAGAAAAUAGAUGCGAGAAAGAAGAGUUUGAAGAGAUUAUGAAGUUAAGAGGGAUAAAUGAUCGAUUGAAACUUGUGUUAUGCAGUUUGUGACUUAUUUGUCCUUGUUGUAGCUCCAAAGAGCCGAAACGUGUGUAAGAAAUACAUGAAUUUGGGAAAAGUGAUGGAUUAAAUUUACCA